GUCAUGUGAUGUGAUGGUCCGGCCCUUCUCUCUCUCUAUUUCUAACUCUCUCUCGCCCUCUAACUCUGUGUGUGUAACUCGUUCAGUGCACUGACGUGUUGCGGGUCAUUGCAUUGCGAUCCGGGAGCUGCUGAGCAGAAGGACUGGCCUUCCACAACCUCUGGUCUCGGCCCGUUGCCCUUGCUUUCCCCCCUCCAUCGCCGAACAACAAGAGGGGUAACAAGGUGAAACUCCAGCUUAAAACAUCCUGCAGCAGCAGCAGCAGCGACGGGAGAUGGAAGGCAACGUGUACGGCGCGGCCAUGUCGGGCGGCUCGUUUGACCUGAGCAACUUUUUCCAGCAACCGCAUGUAAUCGCUCGGGUCGUGAGCUGGAUCUUCUCGAUCGUUGUGUUUGCUUGCAUCAGCAGCGAGGGUUACAUGAACCUACCGACAUCAGGAAAGCUGCAGUGCAUCUUCAACCAGAACGUGGAUGCCUGCCAUUACGGUGUGGGCAUUGGCGUGCUUGCCUUUCUCAUCUGCAUCAUCUUCUUUGCCCUUGAUGUGUAUUUACCUCAGAUCAGCAACGCCAACCAACGCAAGCACAUCGUUCUGGCCGACCUUGGAGUUUCAGCUCUCUGGACCUUGCUGUGGUUUAUUGGCUUUUGUUUCCUAACCAACCAGUGGGUGAACACAACGGUAAUGCCGCUCAUUGGGGUAGAUAGCGCUCGUGCCACCAUUGCCUUCUGCUUCUUCUCCAUUUUUAGCUGGGGCUUGCUGCUGGCGUUUGCCUACAAGAGGUAUCAGGCUGGCGUGUCCGACUUCUCCGAGAAGUACACGGACCCAUCGAGCGACUACCCGCCGUACCCCAACGUCGCCGAGAACUACCAGCAGCCGCCGUUUGGUAACGCCGCGCAGCCGAGCACCGACGAGUACAUCCCGCCCGCGUACUAAACCCUCUUCCGGGUGAUCCUCCCAGUGCCAUGCCCGGAACGAGUGUCCAACCGAGGAGCAGGGAAUGACAUUUUUUUGCCACAAUCCAAGCUUUCUUCCAAUUUACGGGAUGCGACUCUUUGCUUUGUCGGAAGGAACUGCAGAUGCCGGUUUAAAUCGAAGAUGGACACAAAAUGCUGGAGUAACUCAGCGGGACAGGCAGCAUCUCUGAAGAGAAGGAUGAGUGACUUUUUGGGU